UAAAUAAAAACCAUAAUUAAUCUGGAAUCAUCAUGCACACGAGUCAACCUCAUGCUCUCCGUAGAGUGCUUAUUGUCAAUCCCGUGUUGUGGCAUAUGGUUUACCUAUGACUGCUGCUGAAGAGGAUUACAAACUAUUAAGCUUUUCGCACUGAAUAGAAAAAGUAAGUCUGCUAAACAUCGGCCUUUGUUUACGCGCGUGGGCUCAGGCGCCCGCCGGCCCAGUCAGACCGGAUCUGGUUCGAUCGAACCAGCUCGACACAUUUUACACACAAAGCCCCAGUGCAAGACGAGACGAGCCUAGCGGACCCGUGGAAACCUAAUCUGCGCGACGGCGGCGGCGACGACAGCCUCUUCCUCCACUCCAGCGGGCUAAUCGUCGUCGACUCUAUCCUCCGGCUUCCGACUGCAAAAUCUCUUUUCGUGGCAAAAGAUGGCGAAGAAAUUGGGGAAGAAGGCCAGGAAGUUCGCCAAGAAGAACCUCCCGUCCGUUAUGAAGAGGCAGCGCAAGCUUAACUCCAUGUUCAAGAAGAAAUCCGCUCCCCGUAGAUUGAAAGUAAGCAACGAGGUUUUCCUUGAAGAGAGCAAUAAGUCGAAAAACGUUCAGCAGACUCACGGAGAUCAUGAAGGGAUGAUCCUAGAUGAAGCUGUUUACAACAAUGAUCUUGGGGACCUAUUUCAUCAAGAUGAUUAUGAUUUGGAUGAGGAUGCUUCAGUUAGUGAUGGAUAUAUAUCUGAGGACCCUGAAUGCCCUUACAUUUCGGAAAGUGAAGACGAGAUAUGUUCUGAAGAAAAGAGUGAUGAUGCUCCUAUUCUGCUACAAAACAGGGAAAUCUAUCAAGAGAUUGCAAAGCAGAAGCGUAAAUUAGAUAAGCUGUGUGUCAAGGACCCACAAUUUUCAAAAUUCCUUGAAAGUCGAAGAUCUGACCUCCACAAGUCCAAAAGUGAAGAAAUUUAUUCAGAUGAAGAAGGUGAUGCUAAUAGUGCUGAUGACAAUGGCAUAAGAGAAAGUGAAACUUCACUUAGUGGCAAGGUUCUUACAAGCUCGACUUUAGAUGUUUGGUGUUGGAUGGUUAUGGAACAGCCAAAUAGUUCUACAUUCUCUAGCCUGCUUUAUGGCUUCCGUGCUGCUUGUCAUUAUGGGGUGGACUCUGAUGAAGUUUCACAACAGAAGAUUGCAAAUAGAGAGGUUUUCUCUAAGCUUCUGACAUUCGUUCUUCAAGAAGCACAUGGUAUUUUCUGUAGGCUCUUGGGAAUUUCGGGUUCAAUGAAUAAAGAAAACUUGUUGAAGACAACAAAAAAGUCCGAGUGGAAAUCUGUGAGACCACUGAUCAAGUCAUAUCUGAGGAGUUCACUCUUCCUUUUGAAUCAGGAAAUGGACAACCAGAUUCUUAUGUUUGUCAUAUCUCAGCUCAGGUUGUCAAUUAUGUUCUUUGCUGCUUUCCCAUCACUGGCAAAGAGGUUGAUUAAGCGAUCCAUACAUUUGUGGGCUACAGGCGAUGAGAAUCUCUCUGCAUGUUCAUUUUUUAUUAUACGGGACAUUGCUUCAAAGUUUUCCUCCGACUACCUUGAUAUAUGCCUGAUGAGAACAUAUCGAGCUUUCAUAGCAAAUUGCAAGUUUAUGGACCCCGCAAAUCUGAAGCAUAUUAAAUUUCUGAUGCACUCUAUAGUGGAAAUUUAUUCCUUAGAUAUUCAAAAAUCAUCUCAGAAGGUGCUUGUCUCCGUGCAGCAGCUCGCAAGUAUCUUAAGACAGGCUCUUAAGAUAAAGAAAAAGGAGGAACUCAAAAAGAUACAUAGCUGGCAGUACAUUAACUGCAUCAGUGUAUGGGUUGAGUUUGUUUCUUGUAACUUCAAGAAUUAUGACCUACAGCCAUUGCUUGUUUUGAUUAUUGAAAUUAUAAGGGGGAUAGCUCACUUGUUUUCUGGGCCACGUUAUUCGCCUUUAAGGUUUAAAUGCGUGAAAAUACUCAAUCAGCUCUCUCUUUCCAGUGGAGUUUUUAUUCCUAUUGCAUCCUUGCUCUUCGACUGCCUAGAACAUAGAGGAAAUAUCAAUGUAGACAGAACACAGAGAAGUCAUGUUGACUUUUCUUCCUUAUUGAAGGCACCCAAACAACUGCUCAAAUCACGAGACUUUCAUGAGGAGAGUAUUCUUACAGCUAUUCAGUUGCUUUCAGAGCAUUUUUCUCAAUGGAGCUAUCAUAUAACUUUUCCUGAAUUAACAACCAUUCCACUGAUUCUCCUGAAGAGAUUCCAUGAGAAUACAACUCUUGAAAGUGUUCGUCGUACUGUUAAGCGUUUGAUGGACCAGGCUCAGCAGAACAGUGAAUUCAUUCAGAGAAAAAGAGAUGAGGUUUCAUUUUCACCAGAGGAUCAAUCAUCAGUUGAUAGCUUUCUUCAGCUCGAAAAGAAUGACAAGAGUGCUCCGUUUGGUCGGUUCUACGCCAGCACACGACAUACUUCAAUCUCCCAGAACAUGAUUCAUUGAGUUGGCAUCAUCAUCACAUCAUGUCGAGUUCGUAUUCCAUACAAGUCAGUUUAUUUAUCGGCUCGUAGAAGCCAAAAUUUUGCAAGUAGUGAAUAAUUCAUCUGCUGAAUGCUAAAUUUGGUCUAAUUAAUGUAGUGGCAUCUUUAUAGUAUACUGUUGGCAAAGAGCUAUUGUAGGGCAUGAUGCUGCCUUGUGCUGAACAAUUAGGAAGUCAUACAUUUUAGUUGGUGCAGCAAUCCAUGUGAGGAAGUAAUGAUUCAUGUGUGAAGGAAAGAAGGGAAAGAGUAUUGGAUGAUAUGUAUGCCACUCUCUUUAACCAUAAUUCUAUGUCCCAUCUCUGAAA